AUGCUUGUUUGUUCAGCAGCACGUCUUUCACUGUGUCCUCAACCUACAGGAGUGUCCAGAGAAGUGGUGAAGUGGCUGCAGAGCUUCUACCUGACAUUUCAUGUGAAGAAUGUGCUCAGGAUUUUUUCCAGUGGUUACCUUGUGGCAGAGAUAUGCUCUUGUUAUUGCCCCCAGCACUUCCCAGAGCAUUCAUUUUACAGAGGAACAUCACUUUCUGCCAAGCAGAGGAACUGGAGCCGGAUAGAGCGGAUAACUAUUAAACUGUCCCAGAAGCAGAGUUUGCGCUUGACCAAGGAGGUUGUGGAUGGAACCAUUCACUGUAAACCAGGAGCAGCUGAGCUGUUGAUCAGGGACACUCCAGUUACAACUUACACACAUCACUGCUUCAUAGUCGACUUAAAUAUCAGGAACCCUGAGGGUCUAGAGUUUGACUUGACUCGCUCCACGGCCUCUAAAGUCAUCAAGAACAACCUGAGGAUAACGGAGAUCAUGGCGACGCCCGACAUCAGAACAGAGAGGGGUCGCAACCCUGGACGUUUGUAA